AUGGCGCCCGGCGUGGCGGAGCCGCAGGCCCCAGUGGGCCCCGGCGUCCGGGCCCACGCGCGUCGCCCUCCCUCCGCAGCCGCCCAGACCCGCUUCGUGGAGGAGCCCGAGGACCAGACGGUGGUGGCCGGGCAGAGGAUCGUGCUCUCCUGCGUGGUGCUCAACUACUCGGGCAUCGUGCAAUGGACCAAGGACGGGCUGGCGCUGGGCAUGGGCCAGGGGCUCAAAGGUAGGUGGCUCCUGGAUGUCACCUCCCUGUGUGACACGUGGCCUCCAGGUGCCCGGGAGCAGCGCUGGGAGCCCUGCACACACCGGGGUGCAGCGGGAUUGGGAUUCUGGGGGCACCGGGAUGCAGUGGGCGCCAGGAUGCAGUGGGCCAAGGGCGGCGUGGUCAUCGAGGAGGCCCGGGAGAACAGGUACGAGACGCAGGUGGACUACUCGUUCUUCACGGAGCCCGUGUCGUGCGAGGUGCACAACGCCGUGGGCAGCACCAACGUCAGCACGCUGGUGGACGUGCACUGUGAUAUCCUUCACCCCAUGGCAUUCUUCUCCCUAUGGCAUUCUCCUCCCCACCUGAAGUCGGUGACGCAGGCGGACGCGGGGCAGUACGUGUGCAAGGCCAUCGUGCCGCGCAUCGGCGUGGGCGAGCGCGAGGUCACGCUCUUCGCCUGGGCCUGGAAGGAGAACAUCCUGGAGGCCGGCACGCUGGAGCGCUACACGGUGGAGCGGAGCAACACGGGCAGCGGCGUCCUGUCCACCCUCACCAUCAACAACGUGGUGGACGCCGACUUCCAGACGCGCUACAACUGCACGGCCUGGAACAGCUUCGGGCCCGGCACCGCCAUCAUCCAGCUGGAUGAGAAAGAGGUGCUGCCCGUGGGCAUCAUCGCCGGGGCCACCAUCGGGGCCAGCAUCCUGCUCGUCGCCUUCCUCGUGGCCCUCGCCUGCUUCCUCUACCGGCGCCGCAAAGGGAGUGAGUGCCGGGGACGCGGGGACAUGGGGACAUGA